GGACCCACGGGAGCCCCGAGCCGCCCCCCGGGAGCGCUGGGACCCCCGAGGCCCCCGCGGAGCCCCCCCAUGAAGCCCCCCGGGGCCAUGGGGACGCUGCUGCGCGCACUCGGCCGCCGCGAUGGCCCCGACACGCCGCGGCAGCCCCCACCCGCCCCCCACACGUUCCGCGAGCGGAGCCUGCGCCGCGGGGCGCCCUGUGGGGGCUGCGGGACCCCCCUGGGACCCCACGGGCUCGUAUGCAGAGUUUGCAAAAUCGCCGCCCACAAGAGAUGUGAAAGCAAGGUGACGUUACCGUGCCAACCUCUGCCCCCGCCUGAGCUGAGGCGGAACACGGCCCCGGUGCGGCGCAGCGAGCGCGUGAGCUCCUCGUUCGACAGCGCCCCCCAGCGGAGCACCCUGCCCAGGACUCCCCGCGCCCCCAGCCCCGAGACCUCCCCCUUCCCCCCCCUGGACUUGACGUUCGUGACUGAGCGAAUCCUGAGCGUGGGGAUCCCGGUGGGCGGCGAGGGGGGUCCCGGGGGGCAUCUGCGGCACCUGGCGAAGCUCCUGGGGGCGCGGCACGGCCCCAACUACACGAUCUUCAACCUGUCCGAGAAGCGCCGCGACCUCACGCGCCUGAACCCCAAAGUGCUGGAUUUCGGGUGGCCGGAGCUCCUCGCGCCCCCCCUGGAGCUGCUCUGCUCCGUCUGCAAAGCCCUCGAGGGGUGUCUGGGAGGGCACCCCCGCAACGUGGCCGUGCUGCUCUGCAAGGGCAGCAAGGCCCCAGUCGGGGUGGUCGUGGGGGCAUUUCUGCACUACAGCGACGUGUGGGGCAGCCCCGAGCAGGCUCUGAACGCGCUGAGUAUGAGGAGGUUCUGCGAGGAGAAACUGGGGGGGGUCCUGCAGCCCUCCCAGCGCAGGUACACAGAGGAUUUUGGGGCGCUGCUCUCAGGGCGACUCCGCCUGAACAGUUCCCCCCAGUUCCUGCACCAUGUCCUACUGCCCCCCCUGCCCGCCUACGACCCUCCCGAUGGCUGCCGCCCCUUCCUCAAGAUCUACCAAUCGCUGCGGCUCGUCUACACCUCGGGGGUCUACAGCUCCCCCGCCUCGCAGUCGCUCUGUGUCACGCUGGAGCCGGCGCUGCUGCUCAAGGGGGACGUAAUGGUGCGCUGUUACCACCGGCGGCGGGGGGGUCGCGAGGCGGUUUUUGGGGUUCAGUUUCACACGGGGACCCUGCGCGGGCCCCGCCUGAGGCUGCGCCGGGACGAGCUCGACCUGGCCUGGAAAGACCAGCGCUUCCCUCCCGACGCCACCGUCGAGUUCAUCUUCUCCUCAGGCCCCGAAAGGGUCGAAGGCUGGGUCCCUCCCCGCGGCCCCCCCGCAGCCCCCAUCGAUUACGGGGUGCGUGACCCCGCGGUUCGGCGCGACUCCUACGAGGGGCACUGGGAUAGCCCCGAGGAGCCCUCCCACACUUGGGGUCCCCUGGAUGGCAGCCCCUAUGCCCGGGUGCAGAAGAAGGGGGGUCCCUGUCCCCCCGGGGGGGACUCUGACUCCCCGCCCCCACCCGGAGCCCCCCACGGCCGCCCCCCGCCCCCCACGGCCGCCGAGCGCCGGGAGCUGGAGCAGCUGCUGGGGGGCUUCGGGGUGCGGGGGGGCCGUGAGAUCCCCGGCCCAGGGGAGGAGCCCCCUGACACUCCAGAACCUCUCGGGACCCCCACAGCCUAUGGGACCCCUGAGCCACUCGGGACCCCGGCAUCCUACCAGAAUCCCACAUCCUAUGGGACCCCGAUGUCCCACGGCACCCCCACAUUCCAUGAGACCCCCAUAUCCCAUGGGAUGCCUAUGUCCUAUGGGACCCCAAUAUCCCAUAAGACCCCCCCAUCCCACGGAGCCCCCACAUUCCAUGGGACCCCUGCUCCCCACAGCCCCCUGACAUCCUGCGGGACCCUAACACCCCAUGGCUUCCCCACAUCCUAUCGGUCCCCCAAAUCCCAGGGGUCCCCCACACCCUAUGACACCCCAAAACCCUAUGGGACCCUGGUGCCCCACAUGACACUGACAAUCCAUGGCUCCCCAGCGUCCCAGGAGUCCCCAGCUUCCUAUGGGACCCCAGCACCCCAUGGCCCCCCAGCGUCCCAGGAGUCCCCAACUUCCUAUGGGACCCCAGCACCCCAUGGCCCCCCAGCGUCCCAGGAGUCCCCAACUUCCUAUGGGACCCCAGCACCCCAUGGCCCCCCAGCGUCCCAGGAGUCCCCAACUUCCUAUGGGACCCCAGCACCCCAUGGCUCCCCAGUAACCCCCGGGACCUCAACAUCCCACGGGAUCACAGUGCCCUAUGGAACCCAAAUAUCCCACAGGACCCCAAUAUCCCGGGGGUCCCUGGUGCCCAAUAGCACCCCAAUAUCCCAGGGGACCUUAACGUUCCCUGAGUCACCAAUACCCUACAGCCCCCCAGCAUCCCAUGGGACCCCAACAUCCCUGGAGACCCCCACUCCCCCCUGGGCACCCCCGUGUCCCCCCCUGUGCCGUCGAGCCAGCCUCGCCUCCCCCCGGGACCCCCCAAAACGAGGGGUGCAGCGCUCGCUGUCCGAGGGGUUCCCCCCAUGGGGGCGCUACGGGCGCCCAGUGGCGGGGGGGUACCUGCUUUUGGGAGAGCUCCCACCUCCCUGCCCCUGCCAGGACUGCCAGGGCUGGGGGGGCAUCUCCGCACUCCCCACCCGCCCAAUUUAUAGCGGGCAUGACUGGGGAGCGCCCCCUCUGGAGCCCCCAGAUUGCCCCCAUUGCGGCCGCCCCGGGCUGGGGCUGGAGCGGGGACCCUCCCCUAGAAAAGGGGGCUACGACACCCCCUCCAUAGGGGAGCCCCAGGAACCUACAGGGCGACGCAGCCCUAUUGAGGGGACCCCCUGGCCGGGCCCUCCCCGCCCCUCCCCCGAGUCUCCCCGGGCCGCCUCCCCCAGCAGCGGCACCCCCGGAUCCCCCCCGCCCCCGCAGCCGCCCCUGCCCGAGAAGCGGCAUCCCCCGGCCCCUGGGGGGCCCCGGGACCCCUCCUCACCCCAGCGCAGCCCGGCGGGGACCCAGGGUCCCCCCUCGGCCGGCCCGGGGCCGGGCGGAACCCCCCCCGGAGGCACCUUCGUGCAGGACACGACCAAGUUCUGGUACAAACCGGGGCUGUCCCGGGAGGAAGCCGUGUCCCUGCUCAAGGCGGCCCCUCCCGGCUCGUUCCUCGUCCGCCGCAGCAGCAGCUUUCCGGGGGCGUUCGGGCUCGCACUCAGAGUUGGGGUGCCGCCACCUCGCGCCACCCCCAGAACGGGGGACCCUCAGGAGCAGCUGGUCCGGCACUUCCUGAUCGAGACGGGCCCACGGGGAGUCAAAAUUCGGGGGUGCCCCGAAGAGCCUUACUUCGGGAGCCUCCCGGCGCUGGUGCUGCAGCACUCCAUCACCCCCAUCUCGCUACCCUGCACCCUCCGCAUCCCUCACGCAGAGCUGCAGGAGGAGUCCCUGGACCCCCCCGGGCCCCCCAAUGUCAGCACAGCUGGAGCUCUCCUGAGGCAGGGGGCAGCCUGCUCUGUGCUGUUCCUGGGCUCGGUGGGAACCGAGGCUCUGACCGGGCCCCAGGCCGUGGCCAAGGCUGUGGGGUCCCUCCUGGAGGGGACCCCGAGUGCAGGGGUGUCCCCCCAGCCACCCCCCAGCCCUGUGCACUUCAAGGUGUCGGCGCAGGGGAUCACCCUGACGGACCGGCAGCGCAAACUCUUUUUCCGCCGCCACUACCCUGUGAGCAGUGUCACCCACUGUGGCACCGACCCCCAGGACCGCAGGUGGGCAAACCCUGACGGGACCACAGCCAGGAUUUUUGGGUUUGUGGCGAAGCAGGCAGGGGCACCUGGGGGGGCCAACGCCUGUCACGUAUUCGCGGAGCUGGACCCCGAGCAGCCGGCAGGGGCCAUUGUCACCUUCGUCACCAAAGUUCUGCUGGGGACACGGCCCUGAGGCCCCAGGGACCCUCUGAAGACCCCAAAAACCAUCUGGGGACUCCCAAAGCCCCCCAAGGCAGGGAGGCUCCGGGACACACCCAAAACCCAGUGGGACUCCCCCCCCCCCCCCCCCCCCCGCUUUUUUCCAAGGCCCUUCUGGGAACAUGACAUUGAGGGACCUCCAGAACCCCCUGUGACCUCCAAAACUAUCUGGGGAUGCCCAAUAGUCCUUGGAGCCCCCCGUGCCAAGGGGGGAUACACAUCACCAAUCAUUGCCAUCAUCACCUUUAUCACCAAGGUCCUGAACACCCCCAACCCCCACUGAGACUCCCCCAAAACCACCCCCGGAUUCCCCAAACACACCCAAUUCAGGGGAGCACAAGGGAACCCCCAUAAUCUCCUUCCCCCCCAUCUUCAUCACUGAAGUCCUACUGGGGACCCCCAAACUCCCCCUGAGAAUCCCCCAGACACUCCCCAGAUCGUCCAACCUCACCCCAGAGACCCCCAAAACCUCCUGCA